AUGGAUCUCCCACCUGAAGAGCUUCAAUUCCUUACCCUGUCAGACAUCCUCAAAGAAUCAGUGUCAAUCCCCAAACUGUCCCCCAAGACUUUCUACCUCAUUACCCUAACCCUAGUCUUCCCUCUCUCCUUUGCCAUCCUUGCCCAUUCUCUCUUCACCCAUCCACUACUCACUCAAAUCCAGAACCCAAUUGGAUCUCACACAUCCCAAUGGACCAAGCUCCUCAUCUUCCAGUUCUGCUACCUCAUCUUCCUCUUUGCUUUCUCUCUCCUCUCCACUGCUGCUGUUGUCUUCACUGUUGCCUCUCUCUACACCUCCAAACCGGUCUCUUUUUCCUCCACUAUUUCAGCUAUUCCCAACGUUUUCAAGCGCCUUUUCAUCACCUUCAUCUGGGUCUCUCUCUCCAUGGUGGCUUACAACGUUGUGUUUCUUGGUUUUCUUGUUCUCCUCGUUGUGGCCAUUGAUACCCAGAACGCGGCUCUGUUUCUUUUUUCUGUGGUGGUUGUCUUUCUUCUCUUUCUUGUUGUGCAUGUCUAUUUCAGUGCAUUGUGGCAUUUGGCUAGUGUGGUUUCCGUGCUUGAACCCAUUUACGGGUUUUCUGCUAUGAAGAAGAGCUAUGAGUUGCUGAAGGGGAGGACCAAGAUGGCGUUUGUGCUUGUUUUCGGAUACUUAUCCAUUUGUGGGGUAAUUAAUGGGCUUUUUGGGUCCAUUGUAGUUCAUGGUGGGGAGUAUUAUGGAGUGUUUACGAGGAUUGUGGUUGGUGGGUUCUUGGUAGGGUUGUUGGUGAUUGUGAAUUUGGUGGGGUUGAUGGUGCAGAGUGUGUUUUACUAUGUUUGCAAGAGCUUUCACCAUCAGGGAAUUGAUAAGAGUGCUCUGUAUGAUCAUCUUGGUGGAUAUCUGGGGGAGUAUGUGCCUCUCAAAAGCAGCAUUCAGAUGGAGAACUUGGAAGUUUGA